AUGUCAGCAAGCCUAAAAGGAAGAGGAGAGAGAUCUUUCCAAUCGUCUGUCUCAGCUCUUGAAAGCGCUGCCAAAGACGUACUUUCAUUUACCAAGAGCAUAACAACAAUUGAUGACCUCCAGCACCAGAAAUCAGAACUCCAGCGCCAGUUGGACGGUGCGGGAGUAAAGAUUCGAGAGCUCCAGGAAAAUCUGAACUACGAGAAACGAAAGAGCGAUGAUAUUUUUCUGAAAGUGGAGCAACUCGCCUCGGGAUGGGCUGAAGAGAAGACAUCUUUGGAGGCUAGGGUACGGGAAGUGACGGACAGCAGCCAAAUUGCAACGAAAAAGAAGAUGCAAGAGCUGGAGCGGCGGACGAAAGAUGCUGAGGAAAACGUGCUGCAGUGCCAGCGCCGCCUUGAAGAACAAAUUAUGAAGAACCGUAAGCUCCAGACCAUGUUGGAAGAGUCAGACUUUCGUCUAAAGACCUUGAGUCUUGACAUUGAGGUGGGGGAGGUUGAUCUAGAUGAGUAUGGCAACCAGUCUAUCAGCUGCGAGCUCAUUUGCUUACUUGGUUGCAGUCUUAGGAAGGGAUUUCAGAGUAUGGAAAAGCGCUUGAAGGUGUUCAGCUCCAAAUUCUUUGGGAGCUCAACUACUACCGAGCCAGUAUGUCCCCAGUUAGCUAAUGGUAUGUUCCAGCUAACGUUUCUUAUGCAGUCCAAAGCUCGUGACAAUACAGAGCACGUCCGGAGGAGCAAUUAUAGUCCCCGGUCUCAAUCGAUCAUUCCUCUCUCAUACGCCAAUAUUAUGUGCCCUCGGGAGCUCCUAGCUCAAUCAAUCAUCGCCAAUAGACUAUCCACCGACAUACUCACGCCUGUGUGUUUACCAUCGCCGAUGGGGCGCAUGGGUAUAGGUGAGGCACUGGGAAGAUCUUCCGGGAUUCGCCCCCGCCAGAAAGCUAUACUGCGGUCGCUCCUGGUCACCGCGUUUGAAUCGGAAGAAGUCCGGUUGCGGAAUGAACUUCUUACUACAGCUGUGUCAGAUAUCUCUCGCGAGUUGGAACCACUACUACAAUCCCAGGAAAUGCAGAAUCUCAAGGAGGAGCUUCGUGGAUUCUUCAUCUUCGCCGCAGACGUGUGGAAACCCGUGCAAAGGUCUCAAAGAUGGGUACUGGCUACUUCAGAUCUCGGGUCCUGUCUCCAACACAGCUGGCGAUACAGCGAGAGAUGCACGACUUCGGAAUUCCCGCUGUCAUCUGGCUCCCCUUCACUUGUCUUGUUCCCACAUAUAUUCGAUGAGAAUGAAGAGGAGCCGCUUUAUCCUGGGCUAGUUUGGUGUGGCAAUUCAAAUCUUAAGGGUACAGCUGAGAAUACCAGCGGUAUCCCUCCUCGCCUACAAGUAACUGAGGAGAACGAGACGAGUACGGGAACUGGGCCAGUAAUUCGAGUUGUUUCUACGCAAAUGAAGGGGCCGUCAGAGCAACUUGACGCAGGGAGAAGCUAUCUGGAACGCACAGGCGAAGGGUCCAUCAGCAGCAACGGCGAAGGAGCUACUUGGAAAACGCACAAGUGUCGUGCCAAUGGCCGUGGAAGUCGCCGGAGUAUGGCGUCAACAAGCGUCCCCACAGGAGGACUUUAA